CUUCACAAUUCAGUUCAUAAUGAUAUCAAAUAAAAAUAGUUGGAGAAUAGAAUGCGACAACCUAAGUGUGUGCAACGUCACGACCGCAUACGAUGGAUAACGAUAUUUUCAUCAUUCAUUCUUCUUACCGGUUCGUCGAAAAUUUCUUUCGAAAAUUGGAAAAAGAAUCAGCAAAAUCAGCGAAUCCAAAUAGUUUAGCGAAUAACUAUGAUUUAAUAAUUUUCUAUAUGUACAAAAGGCAUAACUUAUAAUAAAUAAUAGUAGGCAUUCCAUAAUUUCAAUACACUAAUAGAAUGUCCGAGUAUAUGUCGAUUGAAAUGGGUACAGUCGAUAGGCCGCCAAAUCGUUUCCAAGUGAAUCCAGUUAAUCAUAAAAAUAACAAUGAUAAAAUGAUAACAAAGGAUAGCACCAAUAGUGCGGUUUCUGAAAAUAUUAUUAACGAUAGGGCACCACAUGAUGUGUACCGGCGCUUAACUGGAACUGACGGCGAACCCAUUGAAGAUGACACUUUUAACGAGGAUACCUCGCAAUUAAGAAAAGCCCAACAACAACCACGUCACCAAAGACAAUCCAUCAAAAGUAGCUUUCGUGAUAAAGCUAAACCUUCACGUUUCAAAGACCUGCAAACUACACGGUUUCAAGUUGAACCGCAACGUGAUGAUUCGGAUUCAAACGACUCAAACGACGAUCGUGAAUUGUUGGAUAAUGAAUACGAUACCAAAUAUGGUAAAAGUUUCAGACACUUUACAAGGGAAGCCUUACCCCGUUUAGAUAAUUAUAGAAAUAUUAUGUCAAUACAAGCUGCCUACCGUCCUACAUUGGAUGAAUUGCAUAAUCCUACACUUACAGGAAAGAAUACUCAUAGUUUAAACCGCCGCAAUUCCGAUCUGGAUGCUCCAAAUAGCAUGUUGAAUGGUAUGAUUAAAUUUGGCUGGAUUAAGGGUGUACUAGUGCGUUGCCUGCUUAAUAUAUGGGGCGUUAUGCUAUUUUUACGUCUUAGUUGGGUUGUUGGACAAGCUGGUAUUCUCGAGGCUUUUGUGUUAAUACUGACCACGACAGUUGUUACCAGUAUUACAGCAUUGUCAAUGUCAGCGAUUAGUACGAAUGGCGUCAUCAAAGGAGGCGGGACCUAUUAUAUGAUAUCGCGUUCCUUGGGGCCAGAAUUUGGAGGUUCUAUUGGCUUAAUAUUCUCGUUGGCUAAUGCUGUAGCGUGUGCAAUGUAUGUUGUGGGCUUUUGCGAAUCAAUGUCAGAUUUAUUGCGUUCAUUUGAUGUUAACAUUGUCGACGGCGGUAUUCAAGACGUCCGCAUUAUUGGCAGCGUUACCAUAUUGAUAUUGCUAGUGAUUGUGGUAGUUGGCAUGGAAUGGGAGGCUAAGGCGCAAAUUGGCUUGUUAAUUAUAUUGCUGGUAGCUAUCGCGGAUUUCAUGAUUGGCAGUUUAAUUGGACCGAAAAGUGAAUUGGAACGUUCUAAAGGCUUUCUUGGUUAUAACGUGACUUUGUUUAAAAAUAACUUUUUUGCUGACUAUCGCUUGGAAAAAGGAAUACAACAUGAUUUUUUUUCGGUUUUUGCUAUAUUCUUUCCGGCUGCUACUGGCAUUUUGGCUGGCGCCAAUAUAUCUGGAGAUUUAAAGGAUCCUCAAAAAUCUAUACCUAAGGGAACUCUAUUAGCCAUAUUUAUUACAACAGCUACUUAUUUGAUUAUGGUUUUGAUGGCCGGCGCUGCUGUUGCCCGUGAUGCCACCGGCAAUACAACCGAUGCCUUUAAUAGUUCGUACGAAUUCCUAAUUUGCACUCCAGGUGAGUGCAACUAUGGUUUGCAAAACUCAUUUCAAGUUAUCGAAUUGGUGUCUGGUUUUGGUCCACUUAUUUACGCUGGCUGUUUUGCUGCCACGCUUUCCUCAGCUUUGGCUAGCUUGGUGUCGGCUCCUAAAGUUUUUCAGGUCUUUAAAAUGAUUUUAAUCGCAAAGGCUCUUUGUAAAGAUCAACUAUAUCCGAAAAUUGUUUGGUUCGCUAAAGGUUUUGGUAAAAAUAACGAGCCAGUACGAGGUUAUGUGCUAACAUUUAUUAUUGCAGUGGCUUUUAUUUUAAUUGGUGAACUGAACCUUAUAGCACCACUGAUAUCUAAUUUCUUUUUGGCCGCUUAUAUGUUAAUUAAUUUUAGCACAUUUCAUGCCAGCCUAGCCAAGCCAGUUGGUUGGCGACCCACGUUUAAGUAUUACAAUAUGUGGUUAAGCCUUGUGGGUGCCAUAUUGUGCGUGGCUGUCAUGUUCCUAAUAUCAUGGGCUACGGCUUUAAUUACGUUCGCUGUAGUAUUGGCUCUGUACUUAAUCGUUGCUUAUCGCAAGCCAGAUGUUAAUUGGGGUUCCACCACUCAAGCACAAACAUAUAAAAACGCUUUAAUAUCAGUGCAACAGCUGAACAAUGUAGAAGAGCACGUUAAAAAUUAUCGGCCGCAAAUUUUAGUACUAUCUGGUUUACCAAAUACGCGUCCUAUACUAGUGGAUUUUGCCUAUAUGCUAACAAAAAACUUAUCACUUUUAGUAUGCGGUCAUGUAUUGCGUGGUUCGAAUGCUCAACGAUAUCGAAGUUAUUUACAAGAACGAGCAACUGCUUGGUUUCGCAGACAUCGUGUCAAAGGUUUCUAUUCGCUGGUUGAUGGUGAAGACUUUGAAUCUGGCUCGAGAGCUUUAAUGAUGGCUUCUGGUAUUGGAAAACUAAAACCAAAUAUAUUAUUAAUGGGCUACAAGUCGGAUUGGUCGACUUGCGACCGCAAAGAUUUAAUUCAAUAUUUCAAUGUAAUGCAUAAGGCAUUGGAUAUGUACUUAUCUGUGGCUAUCCUACGCAUACCGAAUGGGUUGGACUAUUCACAGAUAUUGGGCGAUGAAUGUUCGGCGCAGAAAAGCGUUUUUGAUAUAUCACGUAGUCUGCAGCCCAACGAAAGUAUAGCCGAUCUGAAUUCGGUUGAACGUGGUGCACAAAUUGGCUUAAGCGGUAGUAUGGACUCCUUAAGUCGCAAUUUAUCCCAAGAUGUCGGCGAAAUUUCGGCCACAGACAACGGAUUGAAAUUAACUAAGGCUUCUAGCACUAGCGAUUUGUCCUUUGUAAUUGGUACACAGGUAAAGGAUGUUUCCGGUUUACCAGAUCCUGCCGAUCCGAAAUCACCACAACUAUUGACAAAUUCGUUGCGUAAAUCGAAGUAUAAACAUGAUGAUCCAGCCGCUUUAUAUAAAGGACCCGGCGGUGUUGAAUUAUCGAAGGAUGUAUUAAAUGAUUUAACGCAAUUUACACGUAAACGUAGUCAUGCAGUAAUUGAUGUUUGGUGGUUAUACGAUGACGGUGGUCUCACUUUACUCUUACCAUACAUAAUAAGUACACGUCGUACGUGGCAGUCCUGUAAAUUACGUGUUUACGCGUUGGCAAAUAAAAAAGCGGAAUUAGAGUUUGAGCAACGCUCAAUGGCCAGUUUGCUAUCAAAAUUUCGUAUUGACUAUUCGGAUUUGCAAUUGAUUCCAGAUAUAACCAAGAAACCGCAGGAAUCUUCCACACAAUUUUUUAAUGAACUAAUGAAAGAAUUUACUGUAAGCGAAAAGGAAAAUGAAUCGGCUAAUGCUACAAAAAUUCUAGGUGAUGAAGGUAUGAUUAGCGAGGACGAUUUGAUGGCAGUGCAGGAUAAGACAAAUCGUUAUUUACGUUUGCGCGAAUAUCUUUUGGAACAGUCGACGAAAUCUGAUUUGGUUGUGAUGACAUUACCAAUGCCGCGCAAGAAUAUUGUGACGGCCCCUUUAUAUAUGGCCUGGUUAGAAAGUUUAAGCCGUGACAUGCCGCCAUUUUUAUUUGUACGUGGCAAUCAGACAAGUGUGUUAACAUUUUAUUCAUAAAAAAAUUUUAUUUUUCGAAAGCCGCAACUACUACAAAGACAAUAAAGUAUUUUUAAAUAUAAUAUUAUAAUUAAUUAUCGCGCUAAAAAUGCGAAAACGAUAAGCACAAAAGGACAUACUUUUAGUAUUUAAAGAUGUUUAAGAAGUUUUAGUAGUUUGUUUCCUGUAUUCUUUCUUAACCUGUUUCUAUCCGUUUUGUAAGAAAUUCAAAAUCAUUGUUUAAGUAUUGUAUUACUAUUUUGCCUACAAUGUAAUACCAUUUCGUUUGGCUCGUCUGUGCUUUUUUUAGUUUUUUAGUUUGAAGUUCUUAUUAUUUCAUUAUCUUUUUUAUAAUUUAGCAUAACAUUUAUUAGGAAUUAAACAUUAACAUUAACACUUUUUUUCUCUCCCUUUGUCUAAAAUAAUGAUUUUGAAACAUAACGUAAAAUGUUAAUAUUUAAACGAUUUUAUAAGCGCACUCACGUAAUGGAUAUGCUGCGGUACCCAUGAGAAAGAUUACAUUUAAAUGAAUUUUAAGAUAAGUUGUAACAAAUGAAAAUUAAUAAGAAUAAAUUGAUGUUUCGUUGGCGUUAAUGAAAAAAUAUCUUUAGAGACAAGGACUAUCCAACAUUGUUCUUUCGGCAAUAAGUUGUAACAGAUUAUUUAGCUCUUGUUGAUGAAAAAGAUGCAUUUAUUUACACGUAUUAUAAAUUAUUAAAUUAUUUAGUUUGCCUUUUUUUGCUCCGUAGGUUAUAGAAACCUUGUAGCUCAAUUAUCAUAUAGUAAAGGAUUUCUAGCCCGUUUAUAUAUUUUUUCAAAAUUUUCCUAUGCUAAAGGAAUAAAAUUGCAUAGCUAUUCAAAAAGAGGGAGAAUUGAAUACAAAAUAUAAAAGUUCAUCAAAAGUGCAUCUUUUAGCACUCAUUACACACCUUUGAUUUUCAGUGGCACAUUUCUUCCAAAUAAAAUUAAGAACUAAAUAUUCCACAGUGUCGGCAAAAGUGUUAUAUGGAGAGUGGUCAUGUGAGUGCAUCAAAUUUCUGUAAAAUAUCUCAAACAAGAAAACAAGGCAAAGUGAUUCUGAAUCGAUAAGUAUAAUAAACGGUGGGUCUAUCCUAAGUUUUUUGCGUACAUUCGCAAAAACUUAGUACAUCUUUAUACCACAAUUAGUCUAAGGUAGGAAAACAAAGAUUAUGUCGAUUUUAAAUUUUUCUUUCUUAAAUCGUUCAAAAGAGUCAUAGAAAGGACAAAUUUUACACAAUGCCCAAUAGAGCAUUUCAUAUAUCAAAUAAAUAAAUUUUCAAAACAUCCGAAUGGAAAUUGAGCACAGUUCAUAGUAUCGUGUGUGCAAUGCGGAGUACGCACUGAGAACCACUGAACAUACUGGAGAUAGCAUAACAAUCUGAGAUGUUUUCGCUGUUUCGAGAUAGUUCGUUUAUAUAAGGCGCGUUAGAAGAACAGGAAACAUAAUGGACAGGUUCCGACACUUAACAAUUGUCACCAACUCACCUGACACAUCCUAAAGCAAAAUUUUUUUAACUUCGCAACAAAAAGCUUUUCACAAGAUGAGACACGAGUUUACUUUUUCCUUGAAUUACACAUAAUUAACGCAUUUAUAAUGAGUCGCGUGGUAAAAAUUGAGUUAGUAAAUAUUGAGUUCUAUGAAAAUCUAGAGAUACUAAAGAUACUAAAUAUUGAGUUCUAUGAAAAUCUAAAGAAUAUCAUUUUCAGUGUUUUACGACAUGUUCGUAUCGAACUAUUUUUGAUUUGUUAAGUGCUUCAAAACGUAAAACAAUUUUUUACCGUAUGGAUGAAAAAUUGACUGUAAAAGUACUUAAAUACUUAAAGUCGGAAAUUAUUUUUUAGUUGUCUUAUGAACAUUUUCGCAAGUAUUUGAUUAAAAAACUUAGUAUAAUAACGUAAACAAAUAAAAGCAAGUUGUUACUA